AUGAAGAGGCAGAAUGAAGAUUUCGCGAAGAAACUUGAGUCGCAGGAGGCAGAACUCAGGAAAAAUGUGGAAGAUCAGCGAGCCAGGAGACGUGAAGAAGAUGCCCGCAGUGUUGAUGGAUUGUCGUUAGGCGAGCGCCUUCUACAAAAACAAAUUGAGCUGGAAGAGGCCCUUCGCAGGAACCAAAUGCUUUCAAUUCGUCUCGAAAAGUUGCAAAAGUCGACACGGGAAACUGUCAUACCAAUUGAUCCUCCUUCAACUUCACUACCAGUUCAUCACCCAGCUGCAAAACAAGCUGUUACGGUUGUCGACACGGUUAUGUUCAGAGUGAUCUCUGUGUUGCGAAAUUAUCCAAUGGCUCGUAUUUUCGUAGCAAUUUAUUUUGUACUGCUACAUCUUUGGGUGUUCUUCAUUGUUCUGACAUACACGCCAGAGAUGCAUGAUGCGACUGGAACACUGCCAGAUUUGAUCAGAAUGGCUGCAAAUGUACCAGCAUCUCUGAAGCCGAUUGCUCAUUACAUCAAAAUCGCUAACGAGAAUUCAAGCCGUGAUCCAGUCGUGUAUUACUGGUGUGAGUUGAGCUUCAGAAAAGAGCUUGUUAUCACAAGGACAUCAGCAUCCAUCUCAGGUCUUUUCUACGCUGUGCAAAACGCGAUGCACUUGGAUAAAAGUUCUCCAGAAGCGCUUAAGUUCUUAACCGGUUUGCUCAGUACGUUGGAAACUAUCAAGAAACAGUUAGUUGGUAACGAGGCGAUAACUAAUGAGGUUGUAGCACAAGCGCAUCUCGAAAAUUUCGCUCUGAAGCUUUUUAACUUCGCUGAUGUCCGAGAAAAAGCAGGUCAGGUCGACAAAAGUGUAGUGCAUGCCUUCUACACUGCUGGUCAUAUUAUGGACGUGCUUUCGCUGUUCGGUGAGGUGGAUGAACCUUUUCUAAGUUCGAAGAAGUAUGCCAAAUGGAAAAGUACUCAAAUUUUUUCUUGUCUCAAGGAAGGGAAGCCCUACAUUCCGAGCAAUCCGCCUGAUGAAGGAGGCGUACCCGCUCCGACAGAACACAAAUAUCCAGACGAAGGCUCAACAUCUGCUGGUGGAACUUAUUAUCCGCAAGCAGGAGCAGCUAAUUAUGGUGGAGGACCAUUUGGUGGUGUUCAGUCAUCACAAACUCCAUCUAAUUUUGGGCUUCCAAACGUGCCAGGAGGGCCGAAUGCUCAAGCACCUUCAAUUCCCGCGAUACCUCAGCACAGUUACAGCAAUCCGACGCCUGUGAAUACAUUAGUGCCUGAAAUAAGUGGUCUGAAUAUUGAAGGUGGAGAGCGCAAGCCAUCCGUGGAAGCAUUCAAUGAAGCUCGUAAGUUCGCCAAGUACGCUUUGAGUGCCAUGGACUACGAAGAUACACGCGCAGUUGUCGAGAACCUUCGAAAAGCGCUAGCUCUUAUGGAGCAUUUCUAA